AGGUGGGCCUUUUGUUUUUCCUCAUGUUAUGUUAUGAGUAGUUAUACAAUCCAAUUUUUAUGGAUUUUUUAUGGUCGUGGAUGUCAACUAACUUCGUAAAAUCGUGAGUUGUGUACCCGUAUCAAAACUCGUCUACAUUAAUCACAAUAAUUACAACUUUGUGUGUAGUGAAUUUGGUUAAAUGGGUCUGGUUUGUUUUAUUGUCCCAUUGUUUUUUGUUUUUGUGGUUUUUGAUGUUUAGUUGAGGAAAAUAAUUAAGGGUGUGGAGCUUUACAAGCCCCUGAAAUUGCGGAUAGGAGUGAUAUUGGUCAUAAAUAGAAAUUAUAUAUAUGAUGAUAAAAAAGGAUUGUCUAAAGAAUUGUUGAAAGCUUCUUUACCUGUCCUUCAAUAAAGGUGGGAGAGAGUUUAGAGAGAGGAAGAGGGGAGGAGAGAGAAAAGAAGGCCGCCUUCUCUUUUGGGUGGAAUACACGAGUCGCUGACCAUAACUGAAAAUUUGCAAAUCUACUCAUGGAAGAAUAUUCCAGUAGAAGAUCUUCUGGUGGACUUGCUAUCACUAGAAGAGGGCCUAGCCUUGUUUUGAGAGACUCAGCUGAUAACAACAGAGAUCGAAAUGUUCAGGUUUGCAGCCGAGUUGGAUGCAGUAGCAGGUUGAACUCGAUGAAGGAGGCCCAAACUGGCUCUCCCAGUAAAGUCAAAACUUCAAAAACUCCUUUCCGUUCAUCUGCACAGGGAAAGGAAAGCAUUGGGAGUUCAUCCAGAACUAUGGCUUCUCCUAUUACUACAAAAAAAUCAUUUUCAGGCUCGAAAAAGAAAUUGUCUUCCCACCUUGAUACUGAUUCAGAAACGUGCAGUCUACAAGAGGAAUCCGAGGAAGUUUCUGGAAAGUCCCAGAUGAGGGUUCAUCCCGAGCCAGAAGAUAAUGAUCAUUCCGAAGCUACAUCUUCUGAAGCUGGAAGUUCCAGCUCGGGAUCCACUAGCAGAUUUUUGAAGAGAAAUACUCCGAGGUUUGGGUUGGGGCGCCAAGAUUCUGCUGCAAGUUCUUCUGCUUCAUUCGGUUUUAAACCGGCCAACCAAGGGGCAAGAACUGGUGGUACUAGUACAAGCAGGUACAAUCUGAGGCAAUUAAAAUGUAACUCAAUCUCUGACGUUGUACCAUCAGGUUCUUCUCCCUCUCUUGAGUCAAAUCUUAGUAGGAAGAGGGACACUGGUGGCAGGAAAAGGAUUGGUGAAGCUGAGAGUAGUUUAUCUGUGAGAGGUAAGAAGAUCAAUGGUAGUAUGUUGGAUGAUAGGAGGAAUGACUAUUCCAAUCGUGGAAUCUCGAUCUCUGAUUCAAGGCGUACCAGAAGCUCGAGUCCUGGUAAUAACGAUGCUGCACCAGUUAGGACUCGGAGGUUAUCUGCUAGAACAAGGCUUUCAAAUCAGGAAAGUCGGGACAGAUUGCCAUUAGUUGAGUCAGCCCGAAUGAGCCCGUCUUCACCUCAACCUGACUUGUCAACUGAUGAAAUUGAUUUCAGUUUGGAAAAUCAGUUCUCUGGCCAAACUUCAGCUAAUUCUUUGAGCUCUCUAGGUAGACCAGGCAGCGGCAGUGAACACAUGCGGACUAAUAGGUCUAGUGGUCCCUAUGAUGCUGGCAUUGCUCGUUCUUUUAUGAACCGUGAUACCUUAAGACAGUACAACUUAGAUGGGAUUGCAGAGAUGUUAUUAGCACUAGAGAGAAUUGAAAAUGAAGAAGACCCAACAUAUGAGCAAUUGCUUUCUCUGGAAUCUAAUCUUUUCCUAGGAGGACUUUCGUUCCAUGACCAGCACAGGGACAUGAGGCUGGAUAUAGAUAAUAUGUCUUAUGAGGAACUGUUAGCUUUAGAAGAGAUGAUGGGAACUGUGAGUACAGCAGUGCCAGAAAAUGUUUUGGACAGGUGCCUUGAAAGAAGCAUCUACCAGGGUAUUGCAGAAUGUAGAGAGGAAGAGAAUGAUGUCAAAUGCAGUAUAUGCCAGGAAGAAUAUGCAGAGAAGGAAGAAUUGGGAAGACUGAGUUGUGAUCACAGAUACCAUUAUGAGUGUGUUAAUCAGUGGUUGAAACUCAAGAAUUGGUGUCCCGUAUGCAAGACGUCUGUAGCAUCUCCGCCUCCCUGAAGUCUGUUUUUUUUUUUUUCAGUUUGUACAGAUCAAAUUCGGUCUGUUUCAAAAUCUUGAUCAGAAAUUUGAUUUUUCUUUUCAUAGUUCCACCUCUUUUUCCCACAUUUUUGUACAUAUGAUGAACCGUUCAUCUAUCUGUCAACUAAUAAUCCUGGGCCUGCCCUUAUUAAAGGCUUGAUCAUGGAAAUAGGUUGAUUUUUCGCUUCCUUUUUUAAAGCAGAUUCUCAAGUAAAUACACACCUUUCCUUUUCUGCUCUAA